AUGUUUUGUUCUGGAGACAGGGAGAAAGGGCCCGUGGCCUUGGAGGAACAGUGGGAUUACAUUAACCUCGAUGACUUCAAAUCAGAGUCCUGUCUAUCCCCGUUCUCAUACUUCUUUCUCUACGUCUUCCUUCUUAUCUCCAUAGCCGUGUACGGAGUCGACACCUUUACCGCCGUCAAUCUUCUUGCUUUCUCACGAUGGGCGGGCCAAAUUGAGCCUGCGAUUCCUUUCAAAAUAUCGCGAUGGAUCUUCGCCGUUUGCAUCAUCAUCUCUUUCGCCCUCUUGAUCUACCGAUGGUUGCGCGCCAUUCGUGCAAUCCGCUCCGGGAGUAUCGCUCAGAGCUACCUCGACUCUCUCGCUGUGCGCGUUCAAAGUAUUCGAAUGGGAAGCAACGGUCGCGGUUGGAGGCGAUUCCUCGUGUUCGGCGAGUUAACCAAAAGUAAGAAGGGCGCUGAAUACGUCGCCCUCUUCGCAUACUUUGCUUUUGAAUCUUGGCUGAGCACUCUUUUUGCCGACGGCCCACGACAGGUCGUUAACGCCAUUACCCUAUACUCAGUGAUGCAAAUGGACCUUCUUCCCGGAGGCAGCAACACAACCGACGAGGGCGGGUCCGGAGCUUCGCAAUUCUUUGACAACAUGAAGGUGCUGGCGGAGGAUAACACCGAACGUGCGGUUGUCCUGAUCGGAAUGCUGUUUACCCUGGUUAUAUGGGUCUUGUCAAUGCUCAAAUUGAUCCUGGCUGUCGUACUCUACCUGAUCUUUCUCUUCCACCAUAUCCCUUCGGAAGAUGGGUCAUUGAAGGCUUAUUGCAAACGAAAGAUUAACAGCCGGCUCACUCGUAUUGUCCGGAGGAAAGUCAACAAAGCUUUGGCCAAAGGCGUGGCCUUGCAAGAUCGGAAACCGACCAAUCCAAACAUGGGUCUAGACAAACGGCCUACUCUUCCCUCACUGGGUGCUGGCGAUGACGACAAGACACCUGUUGUCACCACGAUCUCGCGCACUACCACACAAACCACUCUCCCGGCUUACUCUUCACGUCCUGGGACAGCUGCUCCGGAUCGCAAACCCACCUUGCCAGAUGUUGGCGCAUUCAAUGAUAAACCUGGAUUGAGCCGAACAAUGACCGAAUCUUCAGCAUAUUCUGACGCGGCUUCAUUGUCAGGAAGCACCGCGGUGUCAGCAUACAGCCCACUGGAUCGGCAUGGUACGCCGGCGCCACCAGUGCCACCAGUGCCACCACUUCCGAAGCACGGCCCUGCCCCGAUGCCACGCUCCCAGACUCCAAGGAUGCCACAGAAUUUCAACCAAGCGCCUGCGCAACCGGGAUACAAUAGUCCAAUGGAGCGGUCAUCACCGGCGCCAUCUAUGCCGCGCACCCAGACACCGAUGUCACGUUCAGACUUCAACCCAGCACCUCGUCUGCCCGGGUACAGGCCAUUUGAAACAUACCAGCCUCAACACGAUCCUUAUGGUCCUCCAUCUAGCACUCCUUUCCGUCCAUACAGUCCGGCAAUUGAUCCAAACACUCGUUCUCUAACUCCCGCGUCUGCCUUCCCUGGCGAAAGAGCAGCAGCCCGAACAGUUUCACCCUUCAACCAGCCUGGCGCAGCCCCCUACCCAGCUCAAGAAAACGAGUACCCGCUGCGAUCAUUCAGUCCUGCUACUCACAAUGGUCUUCGCUCUCCCCCAGCCGCCGCCCCGGCCGACACCCUGGGUAGGACGUUGUCACCAGUCAAUACAGCUAAUGGAGACGGCUAUGUGGCGUUCAGUCCUGUAGCCAAUGCGUUACCCUCGCCUUUUGCUAGCCACGCCAUUUCCGCACACGAUGGAUACAAAAUAAGACCCUCAGAAGGGCACAGGGCCUUUAGUCCUUCCGUGAGGUCACCCGCUACACCCACACUCCCAAACAUCGCGCCAUAUGAUCAUCAUGGCCAAUCACCAUCAAGGACAAUGUCCCCUCAAGGCGAGACUUCACACGUGAAGCCAUAUCGGCCUGACUACAUUUGA